CUAAUUUUAGCUUCGGCCCACACAAAAAAGUGUGUAUGUGCAAAGUGGGAAUACGAGUUGCAAACAGAACAUUGAGGGACAUUCCAUUUGUACAUUUGCAUCUUAACUUCUCGGUUUGACAGGUCAAUCAUUUUAAAUUAAAACACAAGAUGGAACAAACAUAGUGUCCAUAUAUAUUUUGUUGAGGAAUCAGCUGCGUCACAGAUCUUAUCUUCAUUUGCCGCUCUAUGGACUCACCUCUAUAACUUGGACUUGGACAUUCGGUUCCCUCGACGAGUUCAACAUGUCCACAGUAAGGCUGCUCCUCUCCUGCCUGCUCUUUAAACAGGUUGUUACGCUGUCGGGGAACUUCUGGCACAUCACGGAUCUGCACUGGGACCCGACGUACAAAGUGACCGAUAAUCCUCAGCGCGUGUGCGCAUCGAGCGGCAACCGCCCCGCGGCCAACGCGGGGUCAUUCGGAGACUACGCGUGCGAUUCUCCGUGGCUCCUUAUCAACUCCUCCGUGUAUGCCAUGAAGGACAUUCUACCUGAUCCGGACUUCAUCGUGUGGACAGGAGACGACACGCCACAUGUACCCAACGAGGAUCUGGGAGAAGAAGCAGUGCUCCUCAUUAUAAGCAACCUUACCAAUAUUAUAAAUCAGUUGUUUCCAAACACUAAGGUUUACCCUGCGCUGGGAAACCACGAUUACCACCCCAAGAGCCAGCUUCCUGCAGGCCCCAACAACAUCUACAACCGGAUAGCUGACAUGUGGCAGGGCUGGUUGGAUCCAAAGUCCAGAGAAACAUUUAAAACAGGUGGAUAUUUCUCAGAAAAGCUGCUCAAUCGGACAGGUUUCCGGAUGCUGGUCCUCAACACCAACCUCUACUAUAACCAGAAUAAGGUGACCUCGCCCCUGGACGACCCAGCAGGCCAGUUCGCCUGGGCGGACCAGGUUCUCAAAGAGGCCGCCGUCAACAAAGAAAAGGUGUACAUCAUUGGCCAUGUUCCCCCAGGUGUCUUUGAGAAGAAGAGAAAUACGCCGUGGUUCACGCCCAAAUUCAACGAGCUGUACUUGGACUUGAUUCAGAGGCAUCAUUCAGUCAUAUUUGGACAGUUCUUUGGCCAUCAUCAUACAGACACCUUCCGGAUGUUCUACGACUCAAAGGGCUCUCCCAUCAGUGCGAUGUUCCUCAGCCCAGGCGUCACACCGUGGAAAACAACGCUUCCCGGAGUCAAGGAUGGCGCGAACAACCCCGGGAUUCGUGUUUUCGAAUACGACACCCAAACUCUGCUGGUCAAAGAUGUGGUGACACACUAUCUGAAUCUGACUCGUGCCAACACAGCCGGCGGACGCUGGGAGAAGGAGUAUCGCCUCACAGAGAGCUUCAGACUGCCGGACGCCUCCCCGGCCUCCAUGCAUCAGGUCCUAGAGCGCAUGGCCACCGACCGCUGCUACCUGCAGAAGUACUACGAGUUCAACUCGGUCAGCUACGACCUGAGCGAGUGCGACGGCGACUGCCGCGCUGACCACGUGUGUGCAGCCAGAGAGGUGGACUUGGAGAGGUACGAACGAUGCCUGGAGAAGGAAGGGGCCGCUGCCCUUUACGGUGGGCUGCUGCCGGUCAUUUCCGUGGCUGCAAGUCUGGUGCUGGCCCAUCGGUGAGGAUGAUCCAUCUAUCAAAGAGGAUGCUUGAAAUAGAAGCUUUAAAGAUGUAGAUUAUUGGUGUCAUGUAACGAUUGAAAAGUCUUUGGUUUAUUGGCUGUUUAAUACUGUACAUUAUGGUCAAUAGAAAACACUUUAUUGUUAUAGUAUUCAUGUUGCUCAAGAGGCUAAAGUACAUAAUCAUUCUAGAGUGUUCUUUAACAAAUCGAAACUUUAGUCAAAUGUUUCUUUCCGCCAAAGCUAACUUGUCAAACUCUGCUUUAUCUAUUCGCCGAAACCCAAAAUGGCUUAAAAAUCAGUUCUUUAUUGGCUGAAUUGUACUUUAGCAGCAAUAAACAAUGAGUAUAUACACACAUAUCAGUGUGAUUGCAAAAGAAAAUGUGUCAAUUAAUAUUGAUUUACUCACGUCUAUAACUCAGUAACAAACCAACCGGGUAAUAAAGAUAUUAGAUGCA